AUUGCACUUCGGUUAUAGUGUAUGGAAUAAGCAGCUCUCGUUGUCGCGUUGUGCAUUUGCUCUCCUCACCAUGAGUUGCUUGAGAACAUCAGCGAUUCGAGAUGAUCUGCUCGAAACGCUGCGGACACAAGGCGACCGAACCGAAAAGAUCCUGGAGGGAGAUCGAGGGAGUGAAGAGGAGAUGCAGACUCGUUUGAGUGAUCUCAAAGCGGCCAUCAACGAAGCCAAGGUGGAUUGGUAUAUCGUCCCCAGUGAAGAUGAGCAUCAGUCUGAAUACACUGGCGUGACUGAGAAACGCCGAGAAUGGAUAACCAACUUCAACGGUUCAGCAGGUACAGCCAUUGUCCCUGCGUCCACGGGGUCCUCCUCCUCGGAAGAGGAUCUCGCCAUUCUAUUCGUCGAUUCACGAUACUGGGUCAUUGCGGAGAAUCAGAUCCCCAAGUCCAAUUGGCGAGUUGAAAGAGUCGGCGCCAAUGGAGGAUCUGGACGUGGUGGUGUGGUUUCUGGAUGGACAGGGUGGAUCUCGGAUCACGCUUCGGACGGGUUGAGAAUAGGUGUGGAUCCAAAACUGGUUCCUCUACCCGUUGUCCGGCAACUUCAGGACAGUCUGUCAGGAUCCUCUACUCAACUCGUCCCCCUUGACGAGAACCUCGUGGACAAAGUUCGUCAUCCGUCUCCUAGACCAGACGGACCCAUUACUCCCCAUCCGCUCAAAUACGCCGGAGAAACAUCUUCGUCAAAGCUUGAACGAAUGCGAGCGACACUGGCAAGCUCAUCGAGGGGACAUGAUUGGAUCUAUAUCUUACCUGCUCUCCCUUCCAUCGCUUGGUUACUCAACUGUCGAUGCCUGAGCGACAUACCCGAUUGCCCGGUCCCAUACGCUUACCUCGCAUUGACAUCUGAAGCAUGUGUAUUGUUCGCAGAUGAAGUCAAGAUCAAGGAAGAGAUGAGAGCGGCUCUGGAAGAAUCCGACGUCGCUGUCAAGCCGUAUGGAGUGGACCAAGUUGGAAAAUACGUCAAGGAGUUUAAGCAAAAAGCCAGGUUGGCAGAUGAAAAGGCAGAGAUCGAGAUAUGGGGAAGUGCAGAGACGAGCUGGGGCCUGUCCAAGGCAUGUGGGGAUGAUAUUCGUCUCAUCCAGUGUCCGGUCGAGCUCGCCAAGGCCAUCAAGAAUCCGACUGAGCAGGAAGGUUUCGCUGCGGCCUACUUGCGAGACGGACGAGCGAUGGUCCGAUGGUUCUCCUGGCUAGAGACAAAGCUCAUGAAGGAGGGUCGAGAGCUCGGAGAAUGGUCUGCUGGUCAGGCUCUCAUACGAUUCAGAGCGCAGGAGGACUUGUAUGUAUAUGCCAAUUCGGGCAUAUCGGCAUCUGGACCGAAUGCAGCUCUGCCGCACUACGUCCCGGAGCGGGGCUCUGACAGCAAGAUUGACCGCGAAGCGCCUUUCCUCGUCGACUCUGGAUGCCAGUACGAGGACGGGACGAUCGAUACCACACGAACGGUGUACUUUGGCAAAUCUCCCUCUGACGAGAUCAAGCGAGCCUUCACCCGGGUCCUUCAAUGUCAUAUGCACGUCCUCCAGGCUGUUUUCCCACGUGGAACAAGCUCGGCAGCAUUGAGCAUGUUGGGAAGGAACCCGAUGUAUCAGGAAGGCAUGGACUUCGGGCAUGGCUUAGGUCAUGGCGUCGGGUCCUUUCUCGGUGUGCACGAAUACCCAUACCUUGGUCGAGACCCCAUCGAAGCCGGCCACGUUGUCACUGUCGAACCGGGAUGGUACCUCGAAGGGAAAUACGGUAUUCGAACAGAGUCUCUAGUGGUCAGUGUGCCCACUGAUACUGCAUUUGAAUUCGGAGGCCAUCGAUGGUUGGCAUGGCGACGAAUCACUCAAGUGCCUAUCCAGACAAAAUUGAUCGAUUGGUCUCUCUUGACGAAAGAUGAGAUACGAUGGAUCAAUGAGCAUAAUUUUUCCGUGGAGGCUGCUCUGCUGCCUAUGUUACAGGAAGAUGCGGAUAAGGAUGCAAGGGAGUGGCUCAAGAGGGAAUGUAAGCCAAAAAGGAUCUGGCCAUGGACGGGAGCAUAAAGGCUGCCAAGGCUUGUUUGCCGAAAGGUCAUCAUCCUCUCGAUGGCUAGGAGAACGUUCUGGUCAACUCGGCCAUACCAUACAAAUACUACUCCUGUCCUUUGUUUAUCAUCUUGCAUGCAGGUGUCGUGAGACCUCC